AUGUCUAAAGAAUUGAAACCGCCUGUUUUUAAGAGGGGAGGUUCCAAAUUCAUCAUGGAAUCUCUUCUAACCAGUUGUGAUAACAACUAUGUGGAUUAUUUUAGAAAAGUUCCCAACACGGUGGAUAUCUACACCUUACGCGUGGUGAAACUUGCCUCAACCUUUACCAUCGAUAUUGCAGUGAGGGUACUGAAAACGAAGAGGGUAAUGUACAAAGUGGACAACCUGGAUGGGUGUCAAUUCCUAACGAAUCCCUUAAUGAAUCGCGUUUUUGGUCCGAUUUACAAGCGAAUUAUUGUGAAUGGCUCUUUCUUUAGCUGCCCGAUAAGGCCGGGUGUAUAUUACAUCAGGAACGAGGGAUCCGUGGACAUGUUGCCCAGUUUUCAGCCUCCUGGAAGAUAUCAGAUCACCAUUCGCGUCAGGAUGCACGAAAGUAAAGCACCAUUCGUGAUCGAGUUGCUGUGGAUAUACAAUGUAGUUCGAAUAAAGUAA